AUGGCAGUUGCUGCUGACCCAGUAGUAGAGACGGUCAAGUCACUACUACAGGAUUUUCUCACAAAACAAGUUGUAGCACCCAACACUCAUAGUGUUGCUUCAAUCCAGAGUAACUGUGAGUUUUGUGGAGAUCCUAGCCAUAUGGCGAAUGAGUGCUAUGUGAUGUCGCAGCAGAUCAACGAGCAAAUCAACUAUGUGGGAGGACAGAGACCAAAAAAUAAUCCAUAUGCUGCUGCUUACAAUCCAGGGUGGAGAAAUCACCCAAAUUUAUCAUGGAAGGAUAAUGGAAACCAGACCCAGAAUCAGACAGGUCCUAGUUUCCAAGGAGAACAAAGACCACAACAGAAUUUGGGUAACUUCCAGAAUCAAGGCAGCUUUUACCAUCAUAACAAUAGGCCACAGCAUCCACCUGGUUUCCAGCACAACGAACAUGGAGAGUCUCUGCACAGCAAAAUUGAUAAAAUGAUGGAAUUGAUCAUAAUGAAGGACGCAAAGACUCAACAAGCACUUAAGAAUCAUGCUGCUACUAUUCAUAACCAAGAAUUGCAAAUACAACAGAUGGCUAAAGCACUACAAAAUCAAAAUCAAGGUUGUUUACCAUCCACUACUGAGGCAAAUCCAAGAGAGCAAGUCAAGGCGAUAACACUAAGGAGUUCAAAAGUGUUGCCUAAAGAUCAUACCGAGAAGGUUAUAUUAGAAGCAGAAAAGGAGCAGCAUGAGGAAAAUGAACCUGAAAAGGUAGUCACUAAGCCUACUCCACUACCUCCGUAUGUACCAAAAAUACCUUUCCCACAGAGAUUGUGGAAGCCAAAAGAUACUUGGAAGUUUCAUCAGUUUUUAGAAACUUUCAAGAAGCUACAAAUCAACAUCAGUUUGGCUGACGCAUUACGAGAAAUGCCGCAUUAUGCAAAGUUUUUAAAGGACAUCCUUAUGAACAAGAGAAGCUGGGAUGAGAAUACGGUUCCAUUUACUGAAAAUUGCAGCUCAAUCAGCUUGAGCAAAUUACCAACGAAACUCGAUGAUCUAGGGAGUUUUACUAUUCCUUGUACUAUUGGUGAUUUGCAAACUAUUAAUUGUCUUUGUGAUUUGGGUGCUAGUAUAAAUUUAAUGCCUCUAUCUUUGUUUAGGCAACUACUUGGUGACCAACGGGUUAAGACCACCCUAAUGAUGCUGCAGUUGGCUGACCAUUCGGUCAAAAAGCCAUAUGGGAUCGUGGAAAAUGUUUUAGUUAAGGUCGAAAAAUUUAUAUUCCCAGUGUAUUUUGUCGUCCUUGACUAUGAAAUUGACAAAGAAUGCCCAUUGAUCCUUGGACGCCCAUUCAUGAACACAAGCAGAGCACUCAUUGAUGUGAAUGCAGGCAAGCUGACUCUGCGAAUAGGUGAAGAAAACGUGGAGUUUGAAAUGAAGAAGAGCGAGCAAGGCUUAAGUAAUGAAAAAAAAUGCAUGAAGGUCGACUGUGUUGAGGAAAGGGGGGAAUGA